CUUUGCUCUUCACAUUUUCAUCCUUGGCUUUUUUACACAUCAACAGCAUAUCUAUUCUUGCAUAUACUGCCAAAUCCACAUAUUAAAUGAAGUUCUCUCUUCUUGCCGCUGUAGCUGCAUUUACUUUGGCCAGUGUCCACGCACAGGAUGCCAGCAAUGACUCCUCUGCCUCAACCAGUGCCGCAGUCACUGACUCCUUUGCCUCAACCAGCGCCGCAGUCACUGACACCACUGCUGCUGACAGCAGUACGGCGUCUGACAGCCCGGUCUCCAGCAGUGAUCCAACCUUGCCAGAGAACCCGAGUUUAACUGCGUCUUCUAGCAGCACACCCGAUGAAAACAAAAACACAGCAAGAGAAGCUUCAAGCGCAGAGGCUACUAGCGACUCUAUGACAAUCCCCCUCAGCUCUACAGAGAACAACGGAAUCAAUGAUAAUACUGAACAGUCUGUUGUAGAUGUAGCUUCCAACUCUGCCUCAACUGAUGACCAAUCUUCCCCUUCAUCGAAACCUUUCACGGAUGCUUCUGAAUUAUCAACUGAGACUUCAGUAGGUGACAGCACAUCUCAGUCGAGCAGCGAUCCGGCGUCUUCAACCUCGUCCUUGGAGACUAAUAGCACUCAUGAAUCGAACGAGAAUACGCAUGAGGACACACAUAAGGACGACCCCAAAACUACACCCACGCACCUAGAAUCCCAGUCCACUUCAACUCGCAAGGAGUUGCAGACACCUACAGACCAUAGUCAAACACCCCCGACUACGGCGCCAUCCCCAACACAAAAUCCUGACAAGCCCAAGGCGUCGUCUUCCUCCAGCAAGCGCACAGUUGUCGCUUUGGUGACAGUUGUAGUUGACGGAAAGACUAGCGUGUCAUCAAGGACGACUGUUAUUGACAAUUAUGCUCAAACUAAUGACGCCGAUGACAACAAUGACGAUGACAACGAGGACAAUGGCAAGCCAUUUACGUCGACGCUGAUUGAGGAUGGAAGCACGGUUAUUGUCACUGGAUUUUUGCGCGAUGGAGGCUCGAAAUCAUCCAACGCCAUGCAGCUGAUCGCCGGUAGCACCCAGUCGAUGGCCUUGAUGGGCUCGGUGGCAGUUAUUGCCAUUGCGGCGCUGUUUUAGUAAUGAGUCAACUUUGCUGUUUUUUGCUUUCAUUACAAAAAUGGGCUUGUUUAAAAUGUUUAUAAAUUAAGUUGUUGCGCAGCCCGAG